AACUUUAUCUGCAAAAAUCAGCUGAUUUUGACGCUGGUGGAGUUGUAGGAACUUGUACGUCACUUUAACCCACACCUGGAUUUUCAGCUGGACGCUUGGGAUUUGUGUGGAACGUGGCGAACCCCAUCUGUAGAAUUAGCAAGCGUUGUGCUUUUUGGGGGUUCUAAACUUCUAACAGUGUUGAAGGUGUUUGUCAGGCCAAGCCGCGUCAUUUCAUCAGCGACUGUACUCUACGAUUGAAGCUUGAUUAUCGACGGCUACGUGCUCGUUGCUGGUUUGAGUUUAUCCGCUGUCUGCACACCCCACCUCUCCAAGAUGUCCGGUCGAAGGAUCCUGCGCUGCUCCGCUCUCCUGCAGUCCGCUGCCUCACAACCACCAGUCAGGCUGCCAGCCGUCGCUCAGCGGGCCUUCAGCGUGUCGUCCAGCCGCUCAUCUGGCCAGUUCUACCCGGUGGACGACAAGCUGUUCGGGCUGAACGAGGACCAGCAGCAGCUGCGCUCCAGCGUCUUCACCUUCGUGCAGAAGGAGUUGGCGCCCCACGCAGCGCAGAUCGACGCCGAGAACAACUUCAAGGACUUGCGCGAGUUCUGGAAGAAGCUGGGCAACCUCGGGCUGCUGGGCAUGACGGCGCCAGAAGAGUACGGCGGCAGCAACCUGGGCUACCUGGCGCACGUGAUCGCCUACGAGGAGAUCUCGCGGGCCUCGGGCGCCAUCGGGCUGAGCUACGGCGCCCACUCCAACCUCUGCGUCAACCAGAUCACGCGCCACGGCACGCCCGAGCAGAAGAAGAAAUACCUGCCCAAGCUGACGAGCGGGGAGUUCAUGGGCGCCCUGGCCAUGAGCGAGGCCGGCAGCGGCUCCGACGUGGUCUCCAUGCGCACCAAGGCGCAACGCUCCCAAGAUGGCAGCCACUACGUCCUCAACGGCAGCAAGUUCUGGAUCACCAACGGCCCGGACGCCGACGUCGUCGUCGUCUACGCCAAGACCGACGCGCAGGCCAAGCCGCAGCACAGCAUCACCGCCUUCCUCGUUGACAAGGGCACGCCGGGCUUCAAAACCGCCCAGAAGCUGGACAAGCUGGGCAUGCGCGGCUCCAACACCUGCGAACUGGUCUUCGAAGACUGCAAAGUGCCGGCGGAGAACGUGCUCGGCCAGAUCAAUAAAGGCGUGUACGUGCUGAUGUCGGGGCUGGACACGGAGCGCCUGAUCCUGAGCGCCGGGCCGGUGGGCAUCAUGCAGGCCUGCUGCGACACCACCUUCGACUACGUGCACCAGCGCAAGCAGUUCGGCAAGCAGAUCGGCACCUUCCAGUUGAUGCAGGGGAAGAUGGCGGACAUGUACACGACGCUGAGCGCCUGCCGCUCCUACGUGUACAACGUGGCGCGCGCCUGCGACGCCGGCCACUUCAGCUCCAAGGACUGCGCCGGCGCCAUCCUCUACGCCGCCGAGUCGGCCACGCAGGUGGCGCUGCAGGCCAUCCAGGCGCUGGGCGGGAACGGCUACAUCAACGACUACCCCACCGGGCGGUACCUGCGCGACGCCAAACUGUACGAGAUCGGCGCCGGCACCAGCGAGGUGCGCCGCUCCCUCAUCGGCCGCCGGUUGAACGACGAGUACGGCAUGUGCGCCUAGUGCUCCAGUCGAGAAAAGAUUGGCUCCGUCUGCACUUAUAACCCGGCAAGGGGAGCAAGAAGCAGCACCGAUUGUUUUACUGAAUUUGCCACGUAAUUGGUUCAGUAUGAUAUUGUUUUACGGGUCGUUUCACGAGUUGAUAGAGUAAUCUGCGACUGAUUUAUUGCACAAGGGUUGUUGACGCUCCACCUGGAAUUUGUCGAGCGCACACUGGUGGAGUUAUGGGUUUGGCGUUGGCCGUUGGGAAUGAUUAAGUAAUUUUAGGGUUUUAGCCGUUUUACCAGCUGUUCAUUGUUUUACCAUACGAAACGUGUUCUGUGUAAUCGCGAAGGAAGGUUGUGUCAACUGUUUACUUGCUUUUGAAAGAGAUUUACGAUUGCCCUUUUAACAAGACUGCACUAUUCUGUA